AGAUAAAAAGCAAACACAUGAAGUCUGAACGUUGAGCAAACAGCAGCAAGAGGGAUUGCCAUCUAAUACUUUUAAAGGUUUCAAAUGGAUCUGCCUCGCCCCAAGCUCUUCGAAUUCCACGGCGUGUAUAUGACACAUUAUUUUACCAACAACUGGGAGGAGGUUCAGAACUUCAAAGCAAGACCAGAUGACAUUCUUAUCGCUACGUACCCCAAAGCAGGUACCACUUGGGUCAGCUACAUUCUUGAUCUGAUUUGUUUCCGGGAGACAUGUCCAGAGCGUGAAAAGUCCAUCCCUGUUUCUGACAGAGUGCCAUUUUUGGAGUUCAGCUGCCCACCCGAACCUUCAGGAACAGAGAAAACAGAUUCGUUGCAAACUUUUCCUCGCAUCAUCAAAACUCAUUUGCCGGUUCAGUUUAUACCCAAGUCCUUCUGGGAACAGAACUGCAGGAUUGUUUAUGUUGCUCGCAAUGCUAAAGACAACGUUGUUUCCUUCUUCCACUUUGACCAAAUGGAGAAGUUGCAACCUGAGCCUGGAGACUGGAGCAGUUAUUUAGAACGAUUUAAAGAAGGAAAGAUGCUGUAUGGAUCCUGGUAUGACCAUGUGUGCGGAUGGUGGGAGAAGAAACAGACAAACUCCAAAAUCCACUACAUGUUCUACGAGGAUCUGGUGGAGAACACAGGCCGUGAGAUCGAGCGCCUCUGCUCCUUUCUGGGUUUGUCAAAAUCGAAGGAAGAGAAGGCGAACAUCAUCAGAUCCGUUCACUUUGAUAUCAUGAAAGCAAAUCCAAUGACAAACCAAAGCGACGAUCCAUCGCUAGACUUCAGCGUCUCUCAGUUUCUUCGGAAAGGUAAAGUCGGUGAUUGGAGGAAUCACUUUACUGUGGCUCAGAAUGAACAGUUUGAUGAAGACUAUAAGCAGAAGAUGAAGAACACAACUUUACAGUUCCGAACACAGAUCUAGAGUUGCUUCUGAACAAAAGCUAUUAAAAUGGUGAAUGACAUGUGAAUUACUUUUAAUUGUUAUUGUUUUAAUAUUUGCUGUUUAGUGUAAAAUGUACCAUAACCAACUCUGAAUUAUUGCUUUAACAUCAACAUACUUCAUUCAUAAAUCUCUAACUAAUAAUAAUAAAUAAUAAGUCAAAAUUGUGUUAUGUCAUAAUUGGGGAUAAAAGGAGCAUUGACAAAAAAAAAUCUUAGCUGUUAACAAUCAAGGAUGGAUAAAGAUUCGCCACUUUGCUAAAAAUCGUUCCAUUCCAAUUUGUCCCAGAUGUAUUUAAUGGGGUUGAGGUCAGGGCUCUGUGCAGGCCACUAGAUGUCCUCAUGUUCCCUACCUCAUGAAAUCAUGUCUUCUUGUACUGUACCUCGGUUUGUGCAGAAGCACUGUCAUGCUGGAACCUUGUGCCUUCUCUAAACUGUUGCCACAAUGUUAAAAGCAUAUUUUAUUUAAUUGAUUUAAUUAGCAGGAUAGGCCUGCAGGCUACAUUGUACUUCUACUCUUAUUGAUUUAAAAAUACUCUGUAAAACUGGAAAAUAAUUAUUAUUAUUAUUGUUAUUAUUACAAUAAUAUGAAUACCAAUAAUUCUACCAAUGAUACUAAUAAUUUACAACAAUAAUAGUAUUUAUAAUAAUACUGAUUGAUUUAAAACCACUUUGUAAAACUGUAAAAUAAUAAUAAUAAUACCAAUAAUUCUAACAAUAAUAUUAUAAAACGGAUAGUUCCGGUCCUAAAAUCUAAUUGGCUGAGCUGCGUUCGAAGCCGUUGUAAAAUCCCCGAUAAACUCACACCUAGGACCACCUCACAUCAUUCCAUAUUAAUACGCCACUGAAAAUAAAAAUUUAAUGUUAUUUUCGCCCUCAUGUUGCCUAGCAACAAUGUUAAUCGAACUACCUGGCGUCGCGGAAGAAUGCUUUAUUGUAAGUUUAUACACAAUAAAAACAUUUAUAAAUUGAA